AAACACACAGGAAUCGAUAGGACACUCCCCUAACCAGCUAUAUAAACUCAACUCCGACCGAUCCAAGGUAUCAGUUGUAUCACUCAACCGAAAUCAACAGCAUGAAACUGUUCAUCAUCGCCGCUAUCUUGGCCGUUGCUGCCGCCGCUCCUUCCGGUUACAAAACCGAAGAAGAGAAGUACGGAAAGGACUACAAAUACCCCGAGAUCACUGUUGUCAGCCAAUCUGAUGAGCGCAAUCUCGAUGGCAGCGGCAAGUGGAACUACGCCCUUUCUGACGGCACCACCCGUGAGGAAGAACAGGAACAGAAGAAGUUCAUCGUGACCAAAAUCGAUGAUUACGGCAAAGAAACCAAAGAGGAAGUCUACGGAAACACCAACCAAGGAUCCUCUUACUGGGUUUCAGCUUCAGGAGAGAAGAUCACUUUGACCUGGGUUGCCGAUGAUGCCGGAUUCCAGCCCAAGGGUGACCACUUGCCCGUCGCUCCCGUCCACGUCUACGAGCUUCCAGUUGCCCCCGUCCACGAAUACGAACUCCCCGUUGCCCCCGUCCACAUCCCCUUCAACGGCAAGGGCUACAAGAUCUUUUAAAUUAAUCGAUUGAAGCACUAAAUUAAUUCUGUAAAUAAAUAAACUGAACAUCGCAUACCA